AUGAUGAAGCGUACGGGACCCCGCCUGGGGCCAGACGAGCCCUCGCCAAUGCAGAAUCCUGCUCAGAUUCAGCAAGCAGGUGCCAGCAAUAUGCAUGCAUUGGCCCAAUCGGCCCAACCACAAUUAUUAGGAGCAACAGCGAUGCUGUCGGUUGGCGGCGGCUUCGGUCGCGGGCCCGCGCGCGCCGCCGCGCCCGCCGUCAUCAACUAUCUCAAGCCUAACGUGCAGUAUGCGCCCAAACAGCCGCAAGUGCAGCCCAGGCUUAAGCUGGUGAGCCAACAACCCCAGAUGGCGAUCCCUGGACGCCAGUCCCCGACUCUGGCCUCCCCAAUGACGGGCCCACCGGCUCAGUUCCAGCGUCUGAAGGUGGAAGAUGCAUUGUCUUACCUCGACCAGGUCAAAUACAAGUUCAACACUCAGCCCCAAGUGUAUAACGACUUCCUGGACAUCAUGAAGGAGUUCAAGAGUCAGACGAUUGACACGCCGGGUGUCAUCACGCGGGUGUCGAACCUGUUCAAAGGGCACCCUGAGCUGAUUGUUGGCUUCAACACCUUCUUACCACCCGGAUAUAAGAUUGAAGUUCAGAGUAAUGGGCAGGUAUCGGUGUCCAUGCCGUCCCCAACGGGCGCCGGCUGCCCAGUGGGUGGAGUGGGCGUUGGCGGCGUGGGUGUGGGCAGCGUGGGAGUGGGCAACGUGGGCGUGGGCGGUGGCAGUGGCGUGUUACUAGGAGUGCACCACACUCAGCCACAGCCGCAGCUGGUGCACCUGCUGCCUGUUCCUCAGUCUGUCAGUACAGCGAUAGUGCACAACCUGUCCGUCAGUGCCAGUCCGGCCAACACAUUGCAUCAUAUAUCUCAAGCGCAUCAGCAAAUUGAAGCCGGUGCCAUACAUCAUCCACCGGGCACAGCCCCCAACAGCGGCGCAUCGCACGCGGGCGCGGCUGCCGGCCAGCCCGUGGAGUUCAAUCACGCUAUUGAAUACGUGAACAAAAUUAAGUCGCGGUUCUCCCGGCAGCCGGACAAGUACAAGCGCUUCCUGGAGAUCCUGCACGCGUACCAGCGCGGCCAUCGCGACGUCAAGGAGCCGCAAGCCAAGCAGCAGACCGAGCAGGAGGUCUACUCGCAGGUGGCCAAGCUGUUCGAGAACCAGGAUGACCUGCUAGCGGAGUUCGGGCAGUUCCUGCCGGACGCCAAGGCGGUGACCAAGCCCGUGCACGCACCGCCGCACCCGCGCACGCCGCCGCCCCCGCCGCAGCCCCGGCCGGAGGCGGAGCCGGAGCGCUUCCCCGCCGCGCCCGCGUCGCCACCCCACGCGCCGCCUCACGCGCAGCACGCGCCUCACGCGCCUCACGUGCCCCACGCACCUCACGUGCCUCACGCACCGCUGCCGCCGCCGCCCGCGCACCACCACGCGCAGCCACUUCCAAAGCACACAGCACCAGCCCCUGCUCCGCCUCAGCAUCAUCAUCUCAAGAGGUCACCCAGCUUUGGAUCAUCCACACAGCUUGCAGCCGGAGCACCGCCGGCUAAGAAGCCGCGCGCGACCGCAUCACCUGCGCCACCGCUGCGCGAUGUGUCGGUGGCCGAAGCCGCCAAGUUGGCCACAGCCAGCGAUUACAACUUCUUCGACAGGGUGCGCAAGGCGCUCCGCUCUCAGCACGUCUACGAGAACUUUCUUAGAUGCCUCCUGCUGUUCACAAACGAGAUCAUAUCAUCGUCAGAGCUGCUCUGCGUGACGGAGCCCUUCCUCUAUCGUCACCCGGACCUGAAGAAGUGGCUCCAAGAAUUUGUGGGGCCUGUGUCCCCUCCGCACACUCCCACUGCCACUCACACUGGCUACAACAACUUCGGUAGCUCUAGCGGGCUUCUGGGCUACGAGCGGUCGCGGCUGUCGUCCGACAGCAAGCGGUACGAGCCGCUCGCGUCGCUGGCCGCUCAGCUGCGCCACGACCGGCCUCAGGGCGAUACCGCCAUGGAUAUAGAUCUGUCGACGUGCAAAAGGCUAGGCACGUCUUACUGCGCGCUGCCGCGGGAAGCGGCCUCGCGGCGUUGCUCGGGCCGGACGCAGCUGUGCAAGGAGGUACUGAACGACACAUGGGUGUCGUUCCCGACGUGGAGUGAGGACUCCACGUUCGUGUCGUCUCGGAAGACGCAAUUUGAAGAGUAUAUCUAUCGAUGUGAAGAUGAGCGUUUUGAGCUGGACGUGGUGAUAGAGACGAACGCGGCUACCAUCCGCGUGCUUGAGGGCGUGCAGAAGAAGCUGACUCGUAUGACUGCGGAGGACGCGGCCAAGUAUCGUCUCGACGACUGUCUCGGCGGCAACUCGCCAACCAUUCACCAGCGCGCGCUGCGCCGCAUCUACGGCGACAAGGUGGCUGUUGACAUCAUAGCUGGUUUGAAGAAGAACCCAGUAGUAGCUGUACCAGUUGUAUUGCGAAGGUUAAAGGCUAAGGAAGAAGAGUGGAGAGAGGCCCAGAAGGGCUUCAACAAACAAUGGCGGGAGCAAAACGAGAAGUAUUACCUGAAGUCCCUCGACCACCAGGGCAUCAACUUCAAGCAGAACGACCUGAAGGCGCUUCGCACCAAGUGUCUGUUCAACGAGGUGGAGAGCGCGUACGCGGCGCGCCGCCCCGGCCCGCACCUGGUGGCGGACUACGGCCUACGGGCGAGACACGAGGCAAUCAAGAUAGUGAGAGAUGCUGCAGAGCUGCUCAUACAUCACGCACGACGGCAAACUGGUAUUCAAAAAGCUGAGAAACGUCGCAUAAAGCAAUUGUUGAGGCAUUUCUUGCCAGAUCUGUUUGCACACCCUCGACAACCUUUGUCUGAUGAUGAGAGGGAUGAAGAAGAAAAGGAAGAGCCCACAAGUCCCGGCAGUCCCCCGGCCGACGCGGCGGCCGACGACAAGAGUGGUGGUGUGAAACAGGAGAAACAGGAGUCAUCGGAAUCGGAUAAUGCGUCAGACAAAAGCAGUCGGAACAACAAGAACGACAAAGAAAACAAACCCAAAAACCACAACACCACUAAUGAUAGUGGCAAAGAAAGCACAAACACAAUAAAACGUAGCAGCAGCAAUGAGGACGCAGUCAACAUGAAAGUGGAUGUGAAGAGUGAACAGGAGAUUGAAGAUGACUACAGAGAUCAUCCAUCUAAUGAGGCUCGGUUCGUGUGCACGACGUCCUGGUAUCUGUUCCUGCGCCUGCACGCGGUGCUGUGCACUCGCCUGGGCGCCGCACGUCGCGCCGCGCUCGCGCUGGCAGCUGGCGAAAGUGCGCGCGCGACCGCCCGCCCGCCCAGCGUGGCACGCGCUUUGCGACUCAAACCCGCCAAUCUGCCGCCCACCAUCACGGACGAUUCCUCACCCGCCGAGUACUACGGCGCUCUGCUAGAGCUAGUGCGCGGCGUGCUCGACGGAAACCUGGACGCGGCCGCGUACGAGGACGCUGCGCGAGAGAUGCUCGGAAUCAAGGCGUAUCCGGCGUACACGCUGGACAAGCUCGUGUCGAAUGCUGUGAGACAGCUACAGCACUGCGUGUCGGAGAGCUGGUCGGUGCGCGCUGCGGAGAUGGCGGCGCGCGGCGGCAUGCGCGGCCAGCCGGCGUACGUGCGGCGCGCGCUGCGAGCGCUGCGCAGUCACCACACCACCUUCCUCGUCAAAGUGUACGGCGGGGACGAGUGCAAGGUGACGUUUGAGCUGCUGGAGGAGGCGGGUGAAGGGCGAGCCUCGCCACACCACGACUCGUCCAGAUUAUCGCCUAAUAAUCAGUCGAGAUCGCGUGAGACGAACGGCGAGGCGGCCCAUCGGCUGGCGGCGUGGUCGCUGUACGCGGAGCGCUACGCGCGGCCGGACGCGGGCGGGACGGCGGCGGAGCCUCCGCGCAACAAGCCGGUGUUCCUGCGCCGCAAUGUGCGCCGCGCUGGCGCUCCGCCCGCCUCACCUACAGCCGCCGCGCCGCCACCCGCGCCCACCCCGCGCCGCCGCAAGCCGCCGCGUUUGCAUGACCACUCUGAGUGCACGCUGCACAAUAACACCAUACGACUGGUGGCAUGCCGCCCGCAGCAGCUGUACCGCUCGGGCUGCCUGGCGGGUGCUCGCUCCUCGCACGCGCGCCUCGCGGCCGCCCGCCGUGCUAAGUUCCGCGCCUGGCUCGCGCGCCGCGCCGCCGACGUG